GACGACUAGCAGCAGAGACAAGGAGCCAAGCGACUAGCUCGAUGUCCCCUGACGAUUGGAAAGAUGAUGCUUUUAACACUGGGCCGUCCACGACAUCUUCGCCUUUGACAACUCAGUUGAUGAUAGGAGUGGAAAAUGAGCCUACUGAAUUCGGGACUGUGCGGGCUGGAUUGCUGAAGCCUUUCUUGACUUGCAAUCUUUGCGCUGGUUACCUGCGAGACCCCUACUUGCUCACGUGCUGCCUUUUCCGCCGCUACUGCAAGGACUGUUUAAUUCGCAACUUGCGGCAAAGGGACAGUAGGUGUCCGAACGAGAAAUGUCAGCAUUAUAUAGGAGCAAAGUUGAGCUCUGUCGGACGGCCUGAUAUCCAGCUUAAAGAUUUAAUGGUCAAACUUCUGCCUCAAGUUUUGGAGGAUGAACGCAGCCGGGAGGAAGCCUUUUACCGAGAGCAAGGGCUAAGCUGCCCGUUUUCGUCCUCUGUACAAUUUUUUCCACGAGUUCCUCGGCCCGCAAAUGAGCAACAAGCGAAGCAACGAGUGGAGACUUCUGUGCUCGACACCCCGCUAGACCAGGACUUGAUUGUUUUGUGUCUACCCAUGCUUACUGGUGAUUGUGUCAACGAGGAAAUGGUACUGGACAAAUCCGCAAAAAUUACAAGCGCACUCCCACCUUUAGAACUGCCUUAUCUGAAAGUGCAGCGCCGAACUCUAGUGUCACAUUUAUGUCAUGUCUUGGUUGCCUCGCUCAAUCUGGAAGUCGAUUCCUCAGGCGCUGGAGACAUCGAAUUGCUGUGCAGGGGUAAGGCUAUCCCAGGACAUCACUCUCUGUACUUUAUUGAGCGAACUGUGUGGGGAAGCAAUGGAACUCCUUUGACUUUGCAUUAUCAAAAGAAGAAAGUCGUGAGAAAGGGGUGAAAAGAGUAGAAGUGGUUUGAAAAAAAUACAAAAGAUCCUCUUUU